AAAGUUAAGGAAAUUGCGGCGUAGUUAAAACUUGUUUUCUCGUUCAAGUCGGGGAGUUCGGAUUCGCAUUAGUAAUAAUGCAGGCAAGUUGUGGGUAAAGGUAGACCACGUCGCGAAAGGCGGAGUGGAAGGACGAUCCGUCAGCCUUUCGGGAAGGGAGAGGCUCAUCCCCGGGGCUUGCCUGCUGCGCCAUGGUUUACUGCUACUACGCUCAGCUGUUCUUCCGCCCCCAUCUAAAUUUCGGUCUUCUCUUCUUCAUCACAGCCUCGAAGGCCACCGUUGCCUUUCUGGAAACGACAGUACGGGCUUUAAGACAUUCAGUUCGCUUCGCAAUGCUCCUUUAGGUCGAGUUCCGCAAGACUACUCAACUAACUCGUGACCGCCGAACCCUUCUACAACUACGUCCUUUUUGCGGCGGCUUUUCUCUGUCUCCCUUUCCUCUCUCUAGUCCAGGAACAGUUGCGCGCGAGUUGGACUCAGUUUAGGUUAAUCCCGACUAUAAUUUGAAAUGUCUUCCGGGACUCCGAGCAGCAGCAGCUCUGCUGGUCUGGGGCAGAGUCCGCAUUCCGUCCCCAGCGGCAAAGGCACCAUCACUCCCCCGAAAGUGACCCAGCAUGAUGCGACCGUUGAACUCAAAGACAUGAAACCGGAACGCGGUGGUGUCAAGGGCUCAAUCCCCAUUGGGGAGGAUGUCAUGCAGAUUGCCCGUAUAGGCGAGAUUGCAGUUAUGCAAAAAAUGUUCGAUGAGAAGAAGUUCCACGCCAAUUACAAGGACGAAGAAGGAAUUACCCCGUUACAUUGGGCUGCGAUCAACAAUCAAUAUGCCAUGUGCAAGUUCCUACUCGACUCCGGCGCCGACGUCAAUGCGAAGGGAGGCGAAUCUGUAGCUACACCCGCAAUGUGGGCAGCUCAGCGUUGUCACUAUUAUAUCGUGCACCUGUUACUUCAGCACGGCGCGGACCCUCUUCUUACCGACGUUCAGGGCUACAACAUCUUACAUCUGGCUACUAUCGAUGGAAAUGCCUUCCUGCUUGUGCUUUUACUUCACCAGGAGAUCCCGGUGGACGUUACCGAUCAACAAGGCCAUACAGGUUUGAUGUGGGCGGCAUAUAAGGGAUUCCCCGCCUGCGUGGACCUGUAUCUGCGCUGGGGCGCUAAUGCCAAUGCUGUUGACGACAGCGGCUUAACUCCUUUACACUGGGCCUUGGUUAAGGGAUCGUUGCCUUGCGUUCAGAAGCUCAUUGAGUAUGGCGCCGAUAGGUUCGCAAAGACCAGGGAUGGCAAGACCCCAGCAACGGUAGCGGGCGAAAUGAAUACCACGCGUGUGUGGUAUCGUGCCCUGGACGAAUGUGGCUAUGACUUCGAUGGGAACACGAAGGUUCUUCCCUUCGGAUUGACGCCGUGGGUGCGGAACAAGAGCACUAUGUCCAAGUUCUUCUUCCUGUGGCCUUUCUUAAUGAUUUUCGUAGCCGUCUGGAUUCUCAGUAAUCUGGUUGUAUUCGCUGCUAUCCCUAUCAUGAUCGCAACAGCUUAUGGGCUUCAAUGGCUGGCCCAGAAAGUGGCGAGUCAAAGCAUUUCAGAGUACAGAAUACUUCAGAAGACGCCGUACCUAUCGGGCGUCUUCGCAGGCUCUUUGUUCUGGGUGGGUGUGAGAUACAUCUUCUACGUGCUACCAGCCACAUAUACCACAAAUCCCAUAUCGAAUAUUUGUUUUGCUCUCUUCUUUUCAGCAACGACAUAUUUCUAUUUCACCGCGAUGAUUGAAGAUCCCGGUUUUGUUCCAAAGCUUGGCAGCAGAAAUCAGCAACGAACAGUCAUUGCGGAACUAUUUGAGCAAUGGAAGUUUGACGAAGAGAACUUCUGCGUUGCGUGCAUGGUCCGAAAGCCUUUGCGGAGCAAGCAUUGCAAGCGCUGCGGGCGCUGUGUUGCAAAGCAUGACCAUCACUGCCCGUGGAUCGAUAACUGCGUAGGCGCCAACAAUCUGCGCCAUUUUGUAUUAUACAUCACAUGUCUUGAAGCGGGUAUAAUUUUCUUUGUGCAGCUGACAUACUCCUACAUCAAUGUCUUGCCAGCACCUGCUAAUCCGACCUGCAAUGUCAUUAACGACGCGCUAUGUGAUUUUGUACUUCGUGACACGUUCACCCUCAUCCUUGAUGUGUGGGUCAUCAUUCAGCUGGUCUGGGUCACUAUGCUUUGUGCUGUUCAGCUUGUCCAAAUUUCGCGGAAUCAAACGACUUACGAAAACAUGAGGGGCCAUUCGAUUGACAGAAGCUACCCAAGCUCUCGUGCUUUUGCUUCGGCUUUGGCUGCCGGAACUACCUCACUCGAUGCAGCUGGCCUUUCCUCUGCUGGUCAGGGACCGAACCCAGCCCUUGCGCAUGGCCACCGGCACCGGAGGGGCGGCUGCUUGAAGCAGUGGACUUCCCUUCUCGGUAUCGAUGCGUUCUUUGCGACAGCAAAGGAUGGGCUGCGAGAUGGUCCGCGUGCUUCUCGGGCGAAGAAUCCCUUCUCUCGAGGUGUAGUCACCAACUGCCGGGACUUCUGGUGCGAUCCGGCUCCGUACUUUGGACAGCGGGAGGCGGGAUCUGGUAUGCUCGGCGGUGAAGUAAUCAACUACAACCGGAUGUACGAGAUGCCGUCACGUAUGCACAGCGGCGGAAGAUAUCGAAGCCUGGCCGACGAGGACCCGGAACGGAAUGCAUAAACACGUUCUGGUGUCCUGGAUUGAGUGAUCAUCAAGGGUUCUUACUAUGCCCUCAAGAGGAUCAACUAAUUUCCCAGAUGUCUCGAUCUCCAAUAUGCGAUCUAAUGAAUACCGGAUGAGCCCUUUCUUCUGAUGAUAUGUUUGACUGAAAUAGAUGGUCGCGGAUGGUGUUUUAUCCCUUCAUGCCCUCACAUUAUCUUCAUGGAUUAUCUUCUGCAUAUAAAGAUUAUGAUAUAUUAGUAGAUACAUUUACUUUAAAUCAAGGACAUUGAACUUCCCAC